UGUUAUUCCUAUAAAAUAAUAUAUUCUUAUGGGAAGAAAACAGUGAAAUAACACAGGCCCCUUUGCCUCUCCAUUCUGCCAUUUAACAACACAAAUUAAUUCCUGGUUUAUAUGUAAACUUUAAGUAAUGUGCAUCCCAUACAGCCGGGGGCUUCAAAACUUGCAUUAGUGCAAACAAAGAAAGCACGCUGCUAGAGGUAUAGCAGCCGCGCAUAAUGAGGUGCCAUUUGUUUUGUAAACUAAUACUCUGAGCAAUAAUUUCCUUGAUGUCCUGACGUAUCUGCCAUAACUAUGCUAACAAGAUCCACGGCAACUAUAAAUGUCACAAAUUAGAGACAUGGACUUCACGGACAUGUAUGGGUUAAUGAGAUAUUUGACAUCCUGUAUUAAAAUGGCCAUUCACGGGAACGUAAUUUACUUAUAACAGAUAAGCACGAUGCAACUAAAGUUUAAUCUGUGUGAUCUGGAAAAAAAAUGUUUAUAUUUCAUUAAAAACCGGUGCGUCCAGUUUACUGUUUGUGAGCGCAAAAACAUCUUCAGGAAAAUUACACCGCCAAGUAAAUAAAAGGCUCUUAACGAUGUCAGAUUCCGACCACAUCGUAGGUAAGAAAUACAUGUAAAAAUAGUUAUGUAGAUGGAAAUAAUAAACUAGUAAAGGCAAUCUUAGAGGCCCGCAAGUCUUGUAGGCUGUCUGGACGUCAAUGCACUCUUUUUUUAUCAGUUUUAAGCACUUUUUUACAGGGAUAAUUGACAGCAAGAUCCUUCUGUUUAAAUAAAAGGCAGCCGGAAUAAUGGAUUAGACUGUCCACCAAUUUUGUCGCAGUUAUUUAAACAGUUUUCCUAUUAAAUUUUUAUCGUCCUGUACGAUAACGGGCUUUAAAAUAUUUUCAUGCAAUGUCUGCUCAAAUUGAGUAUUAAGUUAUUGACGUAUAAAGACUUUUAAUCACGAAGGACUUUCAUCUUUCAUUGUUCAUGAAUUAUUGACAUUGUCCACCAGCAAAUUCAUUCGGAGGUAUCCCGUAUGUGGCUCUGUUUUUACAUUUAUAAUCAUUUAAUUUAUAUCUAUUUUCUUCUAUUACGGUCUUGAAAGGAUAGUAUAUAUUUCGGCAUUUUUAAUUUGACUUAUCACAUAUCAGGAUUAAAAAUGAACAUGUUUUGACUUGUAUAUACUAACGACAACCGAGUAUAAACUACAAAAACGAAAAUUGGUCAAUGAUUCUAUGAAAGUUGCAAAAUAGAAAGGGCAUGCACCUGGAAACUAAAAUAGAAAUUAGGUCGCAGGUAAAAUAAGGUGAAAUUACAUACAACGCGUGGUUGAAAAGGAAAAUAAUAAUUUCAGUUUCCUGCCUAUUUUGCUUUCAGGUUGAACUCACAAUUCCAAUUUAUAACCGUCCUCUUGGGGAAUAACACCCUUCCUCAAAUAUUAACUCAAGCUGGCGUAUUGUUGAGAAACUAAUCAGCAUAUUUGUGGGACAAAAUAACCUUUCGUGACUUGAGUCCGGUCAAUUCACCUCGUCAAAAAACAUCUUUAAGUCUUGUGACUUACGUCAACCUUACAAAGUUGAAAUGGCCUCUGUAAACGACGUGGUUCUCUCGGCCACUUUUUUACUGUUAUCCCUAACCGAUUUUGUUGGAAACGUAUUGGUUUGCUUAAUAAUUCUUCAGCGAAAGCGGGUCAAGUUUCGUCCUUCGACUCUCGACUUUCUCUUCCUAAACUUGGCGUUAGCGGACAUUAUGGUGGCAGUGUUCGCAAUUCCGCGGUAUGUGUUGAACCACGCUUUCGCACAUCCUCUUGGCUCCGUAGGCGACUUCUUGUGCCGUUUUAUUACGGGAGGAAAUCUUAUGUGGACCGGAGGGGCAGCAUCUGUCUUCACACUUGUCACAAUCGCCUUCGAACGGCGCCAUGCUUCUCGGCCUCAUCAGGUUCGUCGCAAGUUGUCCAAGUCAAAACUGCGAGUAUUAGUGUUAUCUUCGUGGGUUUUUGCUUGCUUGCUCAAUCUUCCUCUGUUUUUUAUCAUGUCUUAUGACGACCGAAGCAACUUUUGUGUAGAAAACUGGCCACAUCCUCUACUUCCUAAAAUCUACGGAAUAAUUUGGUUUUCUGUAGUCGGAGCAAUACCUAUUUCCAUCAUGGCAGUAUUAUACUCUAAGGUGGUUUAUCAUCUGUGGGUAAAGAGUUCAAUAGCAAGGCUUCAUCGUAGGGCCAUUUUAAUUCUAAGAAAAGCCACUAAAAUGGCUAUUACGUUAACAGUUAUUUAUUCAAUUUGUUGGUUGCCAAAUCUGAUUCUCUACAUCCUGGCAUUUAACAUUUUCUAUGCCGUGUACGGCUCACCGCUGUAUAGAUGGACUGUAGUGUUGACUUGUUUGAACUCUACAGUCAAUCCCUUUGUGUACACUUUUCAAAGUCGACGCUUCAGGGCCUCUGUCAAGCGAGCUCUGUCGUGCAAGUAAAGUAAGAGUUUGGUUUUGUCUUCAUGGAGACACUGGCAACAACUUGGCACAGUUACGUUGACGUUUAAGCUGAGUUGAAUGAUACUUUCAGCCGCAUAUACACUAAAAAAGACAAAACAAAAAAGAUGGCAGGAUACGGUAGCGGGGGAAACUUAAUUCCCAUUCUGAAACCACUCUUAAAUGGGAAAUACCAGUCACAAGUGAUCCAAAUUUCGAAAUAAAAGUGUAAUAACAUGAUUCAGCGUUCACAAAGAUCACGGAAACGCUUCACAUGAGUGCGGUUCCUGCCAAAAGUGAAAUGUUUUGGAACGGCGUUUAAAGACUGUGGGACGUACAGCGACGAUUCGAGUUGUUCAUCCGGGAACUGCCCCAGGCAAAGUCUUUGCCUGAGGAGGAACUUCUUCCUAUUAUUUACACUCGUUAUAGAUUAAUCACGGGAUCGCGAUUGAAAAGUCACCGGCUGUGUGUUAAACAGGAACGCGAGAGAAUAAACAUUCAGAACCGACCAACAGACGCCCUUCGAAAGCCGACAUCUGUAAGCGGUGGAAACGGUUACAGCGGAGUAACUUAUAUACGUUAAUACAACUUUUAUUAGAACACAAGCAAACCGCAAGCAAACCGCAGUAAAUAAAUGCUAAGCGCAAGCAAACAGUAGUAAAUGAAUGCUAACCGCAAGCAAACGGCAGUAACUAAAUACUAACCUCAAGUAAACAGCAGUAAAUAAAUGCUAAUCGCAAGCAAACAGUAUAUAAAUGCUAACCGCAAGCAAACGGCAGUAAAUAAAAGUAAACUAUAUAUGUGUCCUACCACGAAUUAUUUCCCAAAAUAGUUCAAAAACAAAAACAUAAACAAUCGUUCUGUUAAUGAUAGUAAACUAAAAAACUUCAUCUGGCCAGUACUCUGGGCAAUUAACUCGUCAUCUCCAUCAUAUUGAGCCACAAAGAAGAGGGGCAAAAUGAAAAUGACGCCGUCAAGCCAGCUCGGCAGCCUGUCAUCUCAACAGUAGUUAAUAGAGUCUUUGUUGGUGAGCUUCCAGCUAUCACAGAGCAGAUGAACGACUUCAAAGUGACGUUGAACAGCUAUUACUACCAAUGAGAACGUUAAAACAGCGCCAACACCGAGAUAAAGUUUCCAUGGACGUAAUGGACAUCUUCAAUGCUAUUUUGAUGGAAAUAUAUUUCAAUGACUAUUUAUUAACUCUGGUGGUUUUGUUGACUCCUUUCUGACAGUCUACUUUCAAUUCUGGUUUCUACGAAGGCCCCAUUUCGAUAUGAUGUGACGUCUACAUCAUCUUCUACACGUGGUUGUGUAUCGGGCACAGUUGGUGCAACAAUGUUCAUUUUACACCGUGGCUUACAGGACCAGAUUAUGUUCUUUAAGCUCUUACUAAAUGGAGUGCCGUGUAAGCUGUACGCCAUAGGAUUGAUGCACGAGUUAAAAGCGAUAAGCAGAAUUUCCAGUUGAUCCACUGGAGAAUCCCGGGUCACUUGUGAACUGAAUCAAAUCAGAAGAAAUAUGACGGUGAUUGGAAUCCAUGUUAUGUUGCAGGUCAUGCUAAUGGUUAGCGUCAUACAGGUUACUCGUCGCCUGGCCAAGAAAAAAAAGAUACCAAAGACAUCAGAUAAAUUUAAAUCAUGUACAAGCAGACAACCAAACAAAAACAGUCAGAACAGGAAAAACAAACAAACAAAGAACGGAAACAAAACAAGCGAAAAACAACAGACCAAUAGGGAUUAUAGCCUGAUUAUAGCCUGAGAUAGAGAGCGUAUGUAUAUAUAGUUUAGUCAGAUGGUUCGGUAUAACUAUGCAUGGAAGGUCUACACCUACUGAAUGCAACUGCAUACAGAAAUUUCACCUUACCAAAAAACUAAUCUCUCUCGAGUCAGAGAUAAUUUCGAACGAGCGAAAUGCCAUUGAGGCCAACCAGAAUGUUGUUCAGGUUUAUCGGAACACCACGCAUGCAACCCAUUUUUUUAUUAAGGCUAUCUGAAGGGUAAUUUUCACCUUAAGCCCUGGCCAAACGAUCUCGCAGGUAUACCAAAGUGGAAAACUUGGGUCUACUAGCUAGCGACUCCGUUUGGCAAGGCCUUGCGUGCACCUGCGAUGACUUGCGCUCACUUUGGUCGAUAUCAAAUUUGCACGUGAGUCGACGCAAGUUGUUCACCAUUUGGCCACCAACGCAAGUCAACCAAGUUGAGUGAAGUCCAUUGGUUGUUAUAGUAACCUGUUAGCCAACGAAAUACAGGAUAUUGGCCUCAUAGGACUAAGCCCAUAGCCUUGAAAUUUUUUUUUUUUUGCGACUUGCUUUCGCUUUCGAGGAAACUUGCGAGUCAGUUUUGCCCCUGAACGCAAGUCCCUAUGCGAAUACAACUUGAGGCUACUCGCGACUACUUGCGAAUCCGAAGGACCAUUUUACCGUAGGCUAACCGUAGUGCUAUCUAUCUAUGCUUUCUUUUGUUAGAAGAAUUUUCCUCCUGGUGUUGUCCUCAGAUUUUAGACUUUUGGAUAAGAAUAUCGUUUCUAAAAUGCAGUUAUAAAGGUCAAACUUCGUGUCCAUGUGUGGCCUGAUUCUGUGGUGCGAAAUCCCAUUAAAAUUGGGUGGGGGUGUGUGGCCCAAUUCCAAAAACCCUUACCUUAUUUAAGAAGAAAAUCUCCUUUGUAGUCUGCGUGAGAUCUGAGUGUUUUUGAUUUGUCUCGUUUGCCACAGGAUAAUAAAAAUGUACUUUGAAUUCGUGAAAUUGCUUAAUUUACAAAUGAAAGUUUUACUAAGUUUUUCGUUCUUAUUACAGUAAGGGAGCUAAAUGAAAACUUUCCUGCCUUCUUCAAAGGGGAAACUGGGAAUUAAAACAUCGUUUACGGGCGAAUCAUUCAGGAAACUGUUCACUGUUUGGGAAAUAAAACGCUUAGGGUAUCCAGCAUUUAGAAAAGUUUUUUUCAAUUUUUUGAUUUCGUUGUUAAAAUCAGAAGAGAUACGUUUGGCUCCGUGGAGGGCGGCAGUGAUGCAAUUUCUUUUCCAGUGGGAAUUUCCGAUUUCCAAUGUGUAGGUAGUUUUCCCGGUUUCUUGUAGACUUUGCAGUCGAAUUGGUUGUCAUAAGUGAAAGCAGUGUCAAGGAAAUGGUCGGGAUUUUCUCUCUCUAUGAAAACAAUGUAAGGAUGGUAAUUGUUAAGACGUUUAAGCACAUCAUCGGGCUUAUCUUUUCUUGUGGUGAGACAGCUACAUUGGUAAAAUCAUGAGAAAUGUGCAGGUGCGAUUUGAUGAACACACUAACAGUUGUGGCGACUCUGAGCCUGCCCGCCAUCUACGUGUGAAUCCUUCGCAUUCUCUUAGCUGGCGCAUACUUUGCAAGGCUCAAUCAACUACAAAGCGUUGAAUCCUCGAAGGCCUAUUUUACAUUAACUGUCUAAUUUCUCGUCCGCUGAGUGG